AUUUCUUGAGAACAAGCCCACAUACAAAAUCUCAGCAAGAAGGGUUUCUCAUCAGCUUCAGUGAAAGCUUUCUGUAUUCACUUUGGCACCUUGAAGCGCGCUCCCUUACUCUGAUAAGCUGAUGGGUGAUAAGAAGAAGGCCGGAGCUCUAUUCGUGAGGCUCGUUUCAGCUGCUGGAACUGGGUUUUUCUAUGUAAAGAAGAAGACCAAAAAGCUUCAAACGACUCAGACGAAACUUGAAUUUAGAAAGUUUGAUCCUCGUGUGAAUCGUCAUGUUUUGUUCAAGGAAGAAAAGAUGAAGUGAUACAAAUGCCAAACAUGUAUCAAAUUCUCUUUUAAUAUCUGGCUUUCCUUUGCAGAAACCAGAUGUGAAAUUAGAUAAAAGAGCAUUGCUCAACUUUGUGCCACAACAAUAGGUUUGGUGUGUUUAGUUAUGUUUAUGUAAUCAUCUGACUUCGUUCGUGAUCUUGUCGAGUGAAACACAGUUAUAGAAGAGCGGCUGUGAACGAACAAUUCAUUUUGUUUACUGCAAUAACUUUUGCUCUCACAAUUACAGGAAAUUAGCUAAA